CAGUCAGAAGAGCCUCGCCCUGUCUAGAAUCUAGAUCUAGAUCUAGAUCUAAUCUAGAUCUAUCUAUCUACACAAGUUGAAAUCCUAAGAGUCUCAUAAGUUUGAAGAUUGAUUAAUCAUGAAGGACUCUGCACCCAUUCUUCUACCAUCAGCACCACCAAGCUACACAGAGGCAAUCUCAGAGUCAUGUAAUAUACAAACUAACCCAUCAGUGGGCAACUCUGUACCAAGUGACCCCCCACCCAGCUACCCUCCCUUGACCAAUGCAGCAUAUACAGGAACUUACCACGCCGUUACUUCAGGCCCAGGAUAUCAAAGAUUUGACCAUUGCAUCUCAUUGGUGCAGCUAGGACCAGAUUCAUGUUUUGUACAGUGCCCAACAUGUGGCCAUGAAGUCAUGACAGACAUCCACCAUAGAGCUGGAACCUUAACUUUUAUAACAGCGGGCCUUUGCUUUUUCUUGUGCAUUGUCUGCACAUUUCUUCCAUUUUGUAUGGAUGACCUACAGGAUGUGACUCAUACUUGCCCAAUUUGUAAACAUCACAUUGGCACUUAUUCCAGGAUAUAACAUCAAUGCUUCGUUUAUCCAAUAUGUUGAAAAUUUUAAGUUGGGUGCUCAGUACAUCAACAAAAUUAGGAUCAGAUUAAUUAUAGGCCUACAAUUGAUUUUUAGUUUUACACAAUAAAAGACAGCCUUCAUGUUAAAACUUUAAAACUAAAAUAAAAAUAUAAAUUUACUUUUUGGAUUACAUUAUCAUGCAGAUAGACUAAGUAAUUUAUAUUUUUAAAUAUGUAUAUGUAUACCAUUCAUAUUCAUAUAAAUAUAUAAUAAUUAGUAACAAAUUCAAAUAGUAUUUGUUGAGAUAGUGCUGUAAAGUAAUAUUUAAUAUAAAUAUAAAGAAAAAUGCUCUGAGAAUAUGUAACCAUUUUUUAAAAAUUUAAUUGAAGGUUCAUGCACCGAUAAUUUCAGCUCAUUGUACGCUGUUUCUUUUCAUAUGAGAGGUGAAUAUUUUACACAAUCAGAUAUAAUCUCUACUUAUUUACUUCUUUCAAAUGGGUUUUUGGGAUGCUGAUUGAUAGACAUUUAUAUGUUUUUAAAUAUUUAAUUCAUAUUUGUAGGCAACUAAUAACAUUUUAAGUUGGCGUAUGAAAUAAAUUCCUUUGGUCAAUUUUUUUUAAUGUCAUCUAAAUAGUUUCAACUAUUUUAAAUUCUAACAGAUUUGGUUUUAGUAAAAAAAAAAAUUGUGUUGCUUAAUUUUGAACAUAAAAUUUUUUAAAAAUUGAUUUCGAUUGAAUACAAUACUGUCACCACAGUGCCUUAUACAAUUAUUAGCUUGCAAAUCAUGUAUUCAGUUUUGAAAUAUUCCCUUCUGCAUCUGACUUAAACUUUAUUCUAUUAAAUUUUUAUAAACAUUGUGAUCUAUAUAUAUUUUUAAUCAUGUUAUUUCAUGAUACAAUAUCUAGUCAUUCUGCCUUUUUAUUUAUUUUUACUUAAUGCUUUAAGGGUAAGGUUUUGUGAUUUAUUUAUUUUUUGAGAAAAAUUCCACUUCAGCAUUGCAGCUUUUUAUUGCAGUUUAUUUAAAGCAAAUAUUUAUGAUAAAAUUUUUGCUGGAAAAUAUUUAAUACCAUUACAUACUUACAAAAUAUGUUUUAUGGUCUGCAUGUUUAUAAAAUAAAUACACAGCGUAUCUCAACCUCAGCUGUAAUGUUAAUGUAAUUUAUAUUUUGAUAACAUAUUUAUUGUUGACUGACCAAAGUUUGCCUUUUUCUUUGAUGGUCAUUUGUUGAGGGUUAAAAAAUAAAAAGUUAUUGUUA